AUGGCUUCAAUUUCGCUCCCCCCGCAGCACCGGUCGGGGUUUUCACAACAUUUCGACUCGCCUCCUCCCUCGAAUCCCGAUCAUAAUCGUCGCCUGACCAUGGGGUCUCCGAUGCCCAAUCCGCCGUUUGUGUUUCCAGCUCGCGACCCGGCGGCACCAGAGUCGCAGCCCGAGCCGAAGCAGCGUCGAACGCCGCCCGCUCUCCCGGCAUUCUCAUUUAAUCCCGGCGCAGGCUCAACAUUGCAGCCCCCGAUAGCCCCCACUCCUCGACCGGGUGGACACAGACGGCGUCACAGUGAAUUCGUUGGGGGCGAUCAACUAGUAACUCCAGGGGCCGGGGAAUCUGUGGAUAAACGGGAAGAACCAACUACGCCGACACAACCCAGUGCUCCAUCCGGACCACCUCCGGGCAGAGGACCAGGACGACGACAUCACGCUCAUCGCCGAUCAGCCGCGAUCUCCGGAGUCGACCUGAACCAGAUCAACAAGGCCCUGACCAGUUCGGCGCCUAGUGCUCCUACUACCCCUGGUGAUCGUACUUUUGACGACAAUACUUCUCGGCCACUGUCUUAUUCAGCUACGAGUCUCGGUCGUCCUACCCCACCGGCAUCGCCUCAAUUCCCUUCCGUGCCCCCUGUGCCGCCCAUUCCGGCUUCAAUUCGCAUCGAACCCGCCCCCAGCACUGAUGAUGUAGAUACCGGACGCCCCGGCUCGGCAGUGUCGUAUGAGCCCUCGCCCAACGCCCACAUUGUGAAGUUUGAUCAGCCUGAACUUCCUGUCCCUGUCGCAAGAGAGACUCCUCCCAAUCGGAGGUCGAAGCCACGGCCGAAAACUGCCGAUGCGUCUUUGGCCUUUGACCUUUUCCAGAGCAAGGAUGUACCCAAGGUUCCUGCUGUCAAGCGCUCGAAAUCGACUGGUCAUUCUCGUUCGAAGAAGAGUAGGUCAACGGGAAAUCUUGAUGCCACACUCGCCAUUCACGCCAGCGACGAUGCCCAUUCGACAGAUACGUCUCGCCCUUCGUACUCGGAUGAUGGCUCUGAAAUUAGUGAUUCCGAUAAUGAGGCUGGCGCCUGUCCUUCGUCCAAGAAGGCUCGCUCAAAGUCGAAGAAGAAGCAAAAGCGUAUUCGGUCGUGGGCUGGUGGUAUUCUCACUCGCGGCAAGGGCAAGCGCCAUGGCAAAGGUGAUGCCGAAGAGAAGCAUGAGAAGCACGAGAAGCAUGAGAAGAAGGCAAAGCCACCCGCGUUGACACCGCCUACACUCACGCGAUCUAACUCGGAAGUUGGAUCGGUUCUGGAGGUCGAUUUUGACAACGACGACGUCGUCGUUCUUCGCACUCCCACAAACACCGAUGCACCUGUUUCGGCCGCCGAACGUGCCAAGGACGAAUCGCCUAUGCCGGUGCCUAGUCUGGAAACUGCUUGGAAACCUCGAAGCUUCUAUGAGCAGAAUGUUCAAGUAGGAGAUGACGUAUUGAGCAGUCCCAUCAUUGACUUGGAUGCUGCACUCGGUCCGUUUAAUACUCCUGGUGACAAUCGGCAGUCCCGCGGCACCCCAAGCAAGUUUUACCUCGCAACCCAGCGCAUGUAUAGUGGUGGACGACGUGGCGAGUUUGUUGGUCCCGAGAUGCGAUAUCACCGUCGUACCGAGAGUGCUCCGGCGAUGCCUCCCUUUGACCGGAGUGCUCUCAGCGCUAUUCGGUUGACCGGCAACUCAGAAAUGGAGACUCCUGACGUCUUUUACGAAGAAGAUGAGGAUGCGUUCCUGGCUGCCAAUCAAUCUCCCAGGAAUGAGCUUGCUUCAUCAGCUCCUGCUGAGAGUGCUAUGGCUAUCCUGUCGUCAUCAUCUUCUGAUGAGGACAAGAAGUCAGUCAAGAGCGAAGACACUGCAGAUACCUUGACCAAGGCUCCCGAAUCUAGCCCUUCAAAGCCUACAGGUCUUGGAAUUCAGGCGACCGAGGAAUCUUCGACCCAAAAGGAGGUACCAGCUGUGAUCGACAAUGGUACUGCUGUCGACGCUAUGCAAACCGCACGCAAUCCAUUUGCAAGCCAGCCCCGAACCCCAGUGGAGAUUCUCAAGUCCGAAGAAAGCGUGUCCAAGGUUCUAGGCCCGCCUAGUCCCGAUGUCUCCCCACGCUUCCUUGCUAUUGAUAAGAGACCGGCUACAUCUCCUCAGGAGCUGCUGCCGAGCAUUCCGCCGUUCUCACUGUCUGCUGGUGUCUCGCCCUCAGAUUCCUCAUUCCCCUCGCCUGACGCCCCACGUUUCAAUGACCGCAACUUCUCGUCCCACUCUUACCAACAUCUGCCAUCAGACUAUCCAUACGCCUCUGUGGAGGAUGUGCCGUCCCUUACGAGCAGCGCAUCCACCAUGACCGGUACUACGCAUCGCUUUUCUGCUACCUUCUUCCCUCGUGCUCGCCUGUCCACCGAUCGAGCUGCAUCCUUUUCUGCAGCCGUCAAUCGACGGAGCAGCCAGGCUAACGCUUCCAAACGUUCUAGCCUGGCUAGCUUGUCCAAACUCGUCGGUGGACCUCACUCAGAGCGCAGUAAACUCUAUCAAGAGGAGAAGCCUCCCGGGGAUACACCUGAAAAGUCCAAGAAGAAGCGUCGUAUCAGCCGCUUGGUGCAUUUUUGGAAGGUGAAGGACAAGGAGAAGCACACAGAGCCGACCGUGUCCUCCGACCGGUCGAUACAAGAGUAG